AGCUGCCCCUCCUUUGCUGUUUUUAGCCGUCCCCCUCCCUUGCCACAGCUGCUGCUGUUGCCCAGCACCACCACCGCUGAACCGCCUGCCUUGGGUUGUGUUGUCGUGCAUUGGUUGAGUGGUUGUCGUCAGCAUGGGUGAGUCCGGCAAGGAGUUCCGCUACCACCGCAUGAUGAGCGGCAGUAGCAUUUUGGCGCAGGGCCUGGGCAAGAGCACCAAGAUCGACCUGAACCUCAUCCUCAGCGCCCGCCAGUCGACGGAUUUCCUCUACCGCAAGACCAAGAUCGUGUGCACCAUGGGCCCGUCCUGCUGGAGCGUCGAGAAGCUCGUGCAGAUGAUCGACUCGGGCAUGAACGUCGCCCGCCUCAACUUCAGCCACGGCGACCACGAGGCGCACGGCCAGACCGUCGCCAACAUCCAGGAGGCCCUCAAGCAGCGGCCCGGCAAGACCAUCGCCCUGCUCCUCGACACCAAGGGCCCCGAGAUCCGCACCGGCUUCCUCAACACCGAUGACAAGAAGAUCCACCUCAAGGCGGGCCAGAAGCUCAAGAUCGUGACGGACUACUCGUUCAAGGGCGACUCCACGGCCAUCGCCUGCAGCUACGACAAGCUGCCCACGUCGGUCAAGCCCGGCAACAUCAUCCUCAUGGCUGACGGAUCCGUCAGCGCCAAGGUCCUCGAGUGUGGCAAGGACUUCGUCAUGACCGAGGUACUCAACGACGCGUCGGUGGGAGAGCGCAAAAACAUGAACCUCCCGGGCGUCAAGGUGCGUGGCGAGACGACGUGAGACAAGGAAGACACACACGGGGGGAGAUCUGCACACAUGCAUGCGUGUGCAUGCACGUUGUGUUGUGUCGUGUUGGUGCAUGCGUGUGUGUGCAGGUAGAGUUGCCGUGCAUUGGCGAGAAGGACAAGAACGACAUUCUCAACUUUGGCAUUCCCCAGGGCUGCAACUUCAUCGCCGCGUCGUUUGUCCAGACGGCCGACGACGUACGCGACAUCCGCAACAUACUCGGACCACGGGUAAGGAAGCCGGGAACACCAAUCGAUCGCCCAGCCCACCCACUGUGUGUGUGUGUCGUGUACGUCGUUGUAGGGUCGUCACAUCAAGAUCAUUCCCAAGAUCGAGAACGUUGAGGGUUUGAUGAACUUCGACGCCAUCCUCGCCGAGUGCGAUGGUGUCAUGGUAGCGCGUGGCGACCUGGGCAUGGAGAUCCCGCCCGAGAAGGUCUUCCUCGCACAGAAAAUGAUGAUCGCCAAGUAACUCAGACACACACUACACACCGGCCAACCGACACACAACCAAACCACCGACAUACUUUCUGUCUGCGUGCGUGUGUGUGUGUCAGGUGCAACGUAGCAGGCAAGCCGAUCAUCACGGCCACACAGAUGUUGGAGUCGAUGACCAAGAACCCCCGGCCCACCCGAGCCGAGGUGACGGACGUGGCCAACGCCGUCCUCGACGGCACUGACGCCGUCAUGCUCUCGGGCGAGACCGCUGGCGGCGACUUCCCCCUAGAGGCCGUGCAGGUACGACGGAUUGAUGGAUGACAUCCUCACAUGCAGCCCCCUGUGUGUAUUGUGUGUGGUGUGAAUGCAGACGAUGGCCAAGGUGUGUUUGGAGAGCGAGUCGUGCAUCGACUACCCAGCGUUGUUCCGCGCCCUGCACAUGUCGGUGGUGCGCCCCGUGACGACCCCCGAGGCCGUCUGCAGCGCCGCCGUCGAGACCGCCACGGACAUCGAGGCCAGCCUCAUCAUCGCACUCACCGAAACAGGGUCAGUGAUCUGGGUACCAGGCACCCAUGACGGCUGGUGGAUGUCUUGUGUCUUGUGUCUUGUAUGUGUGUGAUGGAUUGGUCAGUUACACGGCCCGUUUGAUAGCCAAGUACCGCCCGCCGCAGCUGGUGUUGGCGUUGAGCGCGUCCGAGUCGACCGUCAAGCACCUGCAGGUCCACCGCGGAUGCCUCUGCCUCAAGGUACCUACAUACCCAACCCAUCCCACAUGCACACAAAUGGAUGGAUGGAUGGCUCUCUCACAUGGCCUGUGUGCCACUGUCUGCCAUCUCAGGUUCCGUCGUUCCAGGGCACGGAUCACGUGAUCCGCAACGCGUUGGAGGCGGCCAAGGAGAUGGGCCUGGUGGUGCCGGGCAACAGCGUGGUGGCCGUCCACGGUAUGAAGGAGGAGGUCGCCGGGUCCUCCAACCUCAUGAAGGUCGUCGAAGUUUAUUAACUCAUAGCUCACACGCACAUCACACCCAUACACACACACACAUCCAUACACACAGAUAGAUACACACACAGGUAGACUGACUGACGGACUGUCUGGCUGACAUUUUGACUAGUGAGUGAGUGGGUGGGGUGAUGGUGGGCUGGGGAAUGGAUGGAUGGAUGUUGGCGUGAGCGGAGCGUGAGCGUGCGAAUGCAUGUUUGAAGGGCAUCCGCUCGGUCAUGGUGUUUGUAGGCUGGCAUUUCUACCUCUUUUUGCUCGAUUGACUCCUCGAUCCCUUUCUUCGCUCCUCAAGAUGGGUGGACGGGUAAAACCGACACGUUUUUGUUUGCACCCCACCGACCGUGACAUCGAUGUAUGCCCGUUUUUCCCAUUGACUGACCAGUCAGAGUGUGUGUACAGCUGCUGCUACGACAAGGGCGAAUGCGCUCUUGGCCGCCCUGCGGCCCCCCUCAUCAAUCAUAGCAGAGAGACAGCCCACACACACCGACAGAUGACCACUGCCUCGUUCGUGCUCUGAUUUAAGUGUCCGCCUUCCCUGUGCGUCUCCCCGACUGCAUGCCUAGGUAGCUUUUUGAGUACCUGGAACAGGUAGCUGACGAUGGAUGGAUGGAUGGAUGGAUGGAAUGGUUGACAACGGACUGGCAGAGAGGGGCAGCACAAUCGCCACAUGACAACACACACGAACACAGAGGCUGGCCCUUGUUUCCCUCUUUCGACCAACAUCUCUACUUGGCGCUAGCAAGCUUGCCAGCUCCAGCCAUCGAUGUGGAUAAGAGCGCUUCGGCGGCCACACUGCCUCCAGCCUACCUACCUGUAGCGGUGCAUGCCAACAUGUAAAUAUCACUCUUGUCUUUCUUACUUGACGACGGGCGGAGCGUAUGAGGGUCCGUGAGACUCUCAUCAUGCUCGAUGUUGUGCCCGACCUGCGAGAAGUGGCACCCGCCUGCUUCUCCAGCACCGGCAUGUUGUCGAGCUGGAUGAACUUCAUGAGGCCUCUCAGACGACCCGACACACACACCAACAGACGCACAAGCGGUUUCAACCUGACUGUAGCUACUGCUGCUGCUGCCAUUAUCUCUGUCAAACCUGCAUGUGCCGACACACAGCUAGCUAGCUAGGCCCGGCCUGGCCCCCUGCGAGGCGGGCUUUUGUAGUAUUAGGAUGCCCGAGUGCAUCAUGACUGACUUGCAGGCAAGGAUGCAUGUGUGUGUGUGUGUCUAUUCAUCUCUGCUGCCUUGCCUGCCUCAAAUGCAUGCAUUCCUGGAUGUGUGGUCGGCCUGCAGUAUGUGGACGGCAGUGGACUGACUGACUGACUGGGUGAUCACGCUCCGCGGGCAUCAACUGCCACCAAUUUUGUUG